AGCAGCCACUGGUUGUGUCAGAUGAACUUGUGGAAGUCCUCAGUCUCCGUGAACUUGUGCGGGAGCGAGAACGUCGAGAGAACGCCGGGUAACCCCCAGACGCCACCGGUUGGAUCCGGUGAUCAAGGGAGUCGUGAUCGAGUCGCUCGAUCUCGCGUGAUCCGCCGACCCAUUUCCCAUCAACGUACAUUCCAGUUAUCCGCCUUCGAGCUCGUCGGCGACUUCUGUUCUGUCCCCUUGCUUGUUAUUUUAAAACGCAGAAAUAAAACGAGCCGCGCGCUGUGGCCGUGUGUGGGAAUUUGAAUGCGAAGGAUAGGCGAAAGCGAGUGCUUACCUAGCGGUCUCGGUCCUACGGACCCCCCUUCGUGGCGAAACAAGUUGUAUCUUCUGUAUUGAUCAGUUACUGGGGAUCGAGAAGUGAAUUAGAGGCGUAUAUGUGCAAGAGGAGAGAGUCAGGCCGGUUAUCCGAUUUGCGUGCUCGUAACAGGGGCCGUGUACGUAUUAAAAAAAACGUUUAUCUCGUCGUUAGUAAUGAAGCGAUAGCUGUGCUUGUGGAAAUGUGAACUCACUGAUGUCUCUUUCUCCGUGAAUAUAAAUCCUAGCGUUUGAGAUGAAUAAAGGCCUUGUGCCCAGCGUUGUGUUAAGAUUCAGAGUUCAAUAAGGAUGCUGCGGGACUGGACGAAAAUGAACGACCGAUUAUGCGGUCUUUUCAUCCUGCUUGUGCUGUUUAGCCAGCAUAUCGGCUCUGAAAAAUUGAAACUAUGCGUCGUGGAAAGCGUGCACACGGCGAAAAAUAUACGUCAGUUUUGCCCGCAAUUGAACACACCGAGGAGCAUGAUAGAGUGUGUCAUUGGAAAUGACAGAUUUAAUUGCCUGCGGCGACUGACCACGGACACAGCUGAUUUAACUGUUUUGGAACCGGAAGAUCUAGUCGCUGCAUCUGCAUACAGGGAAUACAACAUUCUAGUCACCAACGAGCUAAGAUUAUUCCAAAUGGAAAAGGAACGCUUCAAAAUGGUCGUUCUAGUCAAUAAAGAUGUGAAGAGUAUAUGGAACAUUAAGGGCAAACGAUUUUGCCACCCUGGACUCGACACCACCGACGAUUGGACCAAGGCUUUCUCAACGUAUUUUGACAAGUGGAUAAUUACCAAAGAAUGCGAUCCUGAGAAGACGCUACUGGAGAACAGGAUCUACGGGUUGUCAAGUUUCUUCGAAGCAGCUUGUAUCGCCGGCCCCUGGUCUGCGGACACCGCGUUCGACAACAAACUAAAAUCAAAAUACCGGAACCUAUGCGGCGCGUGCGACAAUCCUCUGGGCUGUUACUCGAGUGACAAGUAUCACGGUCGCGAAGGUGCUUUAUUAUGUCUCACUGAUAACGCCGGUGAUAUCGCAUGGGUCCGAUUAGACGAUGCUCUCGAGCACUUCAAGGAGGGACAGAUCAAUAAGGAGAAUUUCAACUACCUUUGUCUCGAUGGUACUACGAGAUCCAUGAAGAGUGCACCAUGCGUGUGGAUCACGAGACCUUGGCCUGUCGUCGUUGCCAGAGCGGAGGUGGCUGAGAAGGUCGAGAAGAUGAUGACCUCGUCCACAAGUCCGUAUUCGAACAUGGUCCUGCAUGACCUGCUGGAAAACUACCGGACGACGCCGGUGAGCAUUGAUACCCUAGAAACGCCAGAAGACUUCUUAGUAAAAUUUAGCGGUUUCAUGAGCGCCAACAACCGCGCAAAGUGUCGGCCAUCGAGAAGAGUGCAAUGGUGCGUAGCCUCGAACUUAGAGAGCCGGAAGUGCAGGUGGCUCAGGGAUGCCGCCUUCGUUUACGGCGUCGAGCCUUCCAUCUCUUGCAAACAGGAGACGUCGAGGGCGGCGUGCUUGACGGCGAUUAAGAACAAUCAGGCGGACAUAUUCGUCGCGCAACCUGAGGAGCUGUACAAGGCCAGAAAGAUGGGGCUGAAGUCGCUCGUGCAAGCGGUACCCAAGAAGACCAAUCAGUUCGACCGAAUCGCCGCGGUAGUAAAGCAGGAUUCACGGUUCAAGAGCAUCAGGGAUCUUAGGGGAGCCAAGGCAUGUUUCACGGGUUACAGAGAUGUCGGCUGGUAUACCUUCCUCUCGGUUUUGAAGAAUAUGACUGGAGGCAGACCAGAGUGUUCUGAUCUGGAAGCGGUUGGUAACUUCUUCGCGGAAGGCGUUGUGCCUGGCUUGGCUGACAGUCAAGAGACAAUACCUAGUAAUUUAUAUUCUUCAGGCACUGCUGGAAACGAUUUAAGCGCCUUACGGUGUUUAGAGACUGACAAUGGAGACGUGGCCUUCGUCAACCUCAAGAACGUCCAAGAAAAAAUCGGUAACUUAAGAUCGGAUUCUCGAGACGAUCAUCCAAAUAAUAGUGGCUACCGCACCCUGUGCUUCAAGGAUACGGAUGAAGCAGACAUAUGCACACUUGCAUGGUCUCCACUGAACGCGGUGGUUGCACACGAAAACUUAACGGACAUACGACGCGAGGAAAUUUACUCGAUGCUGCUGGAAAUGAACGAUCUGUUUGGUAACACGUACAAAGGCGAGGUACCAACGUUCUCCUUGUACGGACCAUACGACUCGAAUAAUAGUGUCAUAUUUUCGGCGGAAACGCAAUACCUACAAAUGGACGUUCAUCAAAUGCACACCCAGAGCUACAGAGACAUUGUUGAUCGUCUUGUAAGACAAUCUACUUGCAACGGCUCAAGAAAUACAAGUUAUCUGUAUGGUUAUAUUAUUUCUAUAUACAUUUUGGUUUACGUUCUAAAGGAAUUAUUGAAUGUUUAAAUAAUAAAUAUUCUACCAUCAUUCUAUCAUUGCAAUAAAAACUUUAUUCAAUAAAUCUGUGAAUAAAAUAAUAUUCAGUGAAAUAAAUAA